CUCCGAGGGAGGAUUGCCCUGUACCGUCAAACUGGAGGUAGGAGAUAGACUUCCAGUUAAGUAACAGCCAUGAGCCCGAUCAGAUGUGCCUCCUUUCCCUUCCCGCGGUCCUAUAAUUCCAUUCUCAGAUUCACAGCACCAUCUUCUGCGCGGCUUUCAUCAUCAACAGCUACCUCAGCCGCUUCAGCAUCCACAGUCGCAAGCAGAUUUCUAGCAAAAUGCCAGUCUAUCGGCCCUCAGACUCGUACUCAGCUCCUCGACGCUAACCAGCUCCAGCUCUUCUCGCUGACCCUCAAUCGAAAUAAUCUAUACUCCAACACCCCGGCACUCUCCAAUGCUGCGCCACCCCCGGUAGGAACACCGGUUCCACCGGGAUAUCAUCUUAUUUACUUUACUCCUGCAUUUCUGGAGAGUGAGCUGGGGGUUGAUGGGACCGAUGUGUCGUAUAACCCUGACGCGCCAUUUACUCGGCGGAUGUGGGCUGGUGGGGAAGUUCAUUGGCCACGGACGGCAGAGGGCAAGUUGAAUUUAUUAAGAGUUGGACAAGAAGUACAGGAAACGACGAGAUGCUUGAGUGCCGAACCAAAGGUAAUCAAGAAGACCGGCGAGGAGAUGAUUGUUGUUGGCGUGGAGAAAGUGUUCAAGAACGAGCAUGGCGUUGCGCUCAUCGACAAGCGGAAUUGGGUAUUUCGAGAAGCGCUCAAGGUUCCAUCCCCCUCGGAACCGCGCUUGUCACCUCCGCUUCCAUUGACGUCAAAACCUCCUCCGCCGCCAAAACCGUCUUCCCCAACCGCCAGAAUACACGCCCGGAAUCUUCGCCAGACUCCUGAAAGCUUAUUCCGAAUGUCUGCCCUGACGUUUAACGGGCAUAAAAUCCACUACUCACUGCCAUGGGCCCGCGAAGUCGAGGGGCAUAAGGGCCUUGUCGUUCAUGGCCCGCUAAAUCUGAUUUCGAUCUUGAACCUCUGGCGGGACGUGCGUGAGCAGAGUGGUGGUGAUCCGCAAGAGAUCGUCCCUGACAGCAUUAGCUACCGGGCCACUAACCCGCUAUAUGCUGGAGAGGAGUAUCAAAUUGUUCUCGAGGAGGAUGGGAAAUCAACCAAGGCGAAUAUAUAUAAUCCCGAUGGAGUCAUUUGCAUGAAAGCGGAUAUAUUAGGAUAAGGAGGUGUCUUGGGAGGAUCGGAGCUCUCGUCAUGCGUUCCAAGUUUCUUCAAUGAUGUACAGUGCAUACAUACAUAAUU